UUAUAAUCCAGUAAACAAGUAGUGUCCAGUCCCCUUCACAUCAAUUAUCUUUACUUUCCUUGUCUAGCCAUCAAUGUGUUUAGUUCACUUUCAUCGCCAUUAGCACUAAAACUCUGUAUAUCAGAUGCAGAUUGAGGUAGGGAAUAAUACAAAGCAAAAUUAACAGUAUGAAGAGGCAACCUGAAACUGCUGUUUUUGUUAAAAAGUUGAAAUUUUUAUGCAUAAUCUGUUUUCUUGAAUUGAUUUUCUGCACAAUCUCUGGUUCAGUUGCAGCCUCACCCAGACUCCACCAAGAAGAAGUGAGUGCUUUAAGAGAGAUUGGGAAAAUAUUGGGUAAAAAAGACUGGGAUUUUAGCCAGGAUCCAUGUAGUGGAGAAGGGAAUUGGAGUAUUCCUAUCACCAUUAAAGGAAUUGAGAGUUCUGUUACUUGUAACUGCUCUUUUGAUCAAAAUUCUUCUUGCCAUGUUGUUAGCAUAGCUUUGAAAGGACAAAAUCUUACGGGAGAUGUUCCACGACAAUUUGCUAAGCUUCGCCAUCUUAAAAAUUUGGAUCUCAGUCGCAAUUACCUCAAUGGUUCAAUACCAUCCCAAUGGAGUUCAAUGCGCUUGCUCGAUCUGUCCUUUAUGGGAAACCGAUUGUCAGGUCCAUUUCCAAAGGUCAUCACCCGAAUUACCACCCUAGUGAACCUGAGCCUUGAGGGAAACCAGUUUUCAGGAUCCAUUCCUUCAGAUAUUGGGUGCUUGGUCAAUUUACAAAAAAUUAUUUUGUCAUCAAAUCAAUUUACUGGAGAAUUGCCGAUGGCUCUUUCCAAGCUAACCCACUUAACUGAUAUGAGGAUAAGCGACAAUAACUUCACAGGAAAGAUACCAGAAUACAUCAGCAGCUGGGCACAGAUUGAAAAACUGCACAUGCAAGGGUGCUCCCUCAAGGGCCCAAUCCCUUCAUCUAUCUCUGCCCUGACGAGCUUGAGUGACUUGAGAAUCAGUGAUUUAACAGGUCGAGGAUCUACCUUUCCGCCACUAAGUAGUAUGGAGUCCAUGAAAGUGCUGAUACUGAGGGGUUGCUUAAUACAUAGAGAGAUCCCUGAAUAUAUAGGGGACAUGAAAAAAUUAAAAAAUUUGGACCUUAGUUUUAAUAACUUGACUGGUGAAAUUCCAGCAUCUUUCAUCAAUCUUGGGAAAUCUGAUUUUAUGUAUUUGACAGGAAAUAGGCUUAAUGGGAUUAUUCCAUGGUGGAUUUUAUCGAGAAAUAAGAAUGUAGAUAUUUCUUAUAACAACUUUAUUGGGGAAGACUCAUCGCAAAAUGAAUGCCCUCAUGGAAGUGUAAACUUGGUGGAGAGUUACUCCUCAACAACUGAUAAAUCCAAUACAGUUCACUCUUGCCUGAAGCAAGAAUUUCCAUGUUCGGAUCCAAAAAGAUCACAAUAUUUCACCUUGCACAUUAAUUGUGGCGGCAAAGAUGUAAUCUUAGAAAAUGGCACAAAGUAUGAAGAUGAUCUUGAAGCCAGAGGUGCUUCCAUGUUUUACUCGAGACAGAACUGGGCAUUUAGCAGCACUGGGAACUUCAUGGACAAUGAUAUUGAUGCUGACAACUACAUCGAAACUAAUGUUACUGCUCUGUAUAAUGUCACUUCCCCGGUAUCGGAACUGUACAGAACUGCACGUGUAUCUCCAGUCUCUCUCACUUACUAUGGCCUUUGUCUCUUGAAUGGAAACUACACUGUGAAACUCCACUUUGCGGAAAUUGUUUUCACAAAUGAUAGUUCAUUUAACAGCCUUGGCAGACGUAUAUUUGAUGUAUAUCUACAGGGAAAGUUAGUAUUGAAGGAUUUUAAUAUUGCAGCUGAGGCUGGUGGGCCUGGUAAGCCCAUUGUAAAGACUUUCACUGUAGCUGUAACGAGCCACACACUGAAGAUCCAUCUUUACUGGGCAGGAAGAGGUACCACGGGAAUCCCAAAAAGAGGAAGUUAUGGCCCUCUGAUAUCAGCUAUAUCAGUUGAUCCUAAUUUUAAACCUCCAGUCCAUCACAGGAAAAUUAAAUCUGCUGAGGUGGCUGGAAUAAUAUCUGGAGCUACAUGUCUUUUGCUUUUUAUUCUAUACAUCUUACAUAGGAGAGGGUGUUUUGGAGGCAAAAUAUCUGCAGAUAAAGAGCUUAGAGGCCUUGACCUACAAACGGGUUUAUUUACAUUAAGACAGAUCAAGGAUGCGACUAAGAACUUUGAUCCUGCAAACAAGAUUGGCGAGGGUGGUUUUGGUUCAGUUUACAAGGGUCUACUAUCAGAUGGAACGGUAAUAGCAGUGAAGCAGCUUUCUUCCAAAUCUAAGCAAGGGACUCGUGAAUUUGUUAAUGAAAUAGGAAUGAUAUCUGCAUCGCAGCAUCCAAAUCUAGUGAAGCUUUAUGGAUGUUGCGUUGAAGGAAAUCAUUUAAUGCUAAUCUACGAGUACAUGGAAAAUAACUGUCUGUCCCGUGCUCUUUUUGGAAAGGACGUAACAAAAAGACUGAAGUUAGAUUGGCCUACAAGAGUGAAAAUCUGCCUUGGUAUAGCCAGAGGUUUGGCCUACCUUCAUGAAGAGUCGAGACUGAAAAUAGUCCAUAGAGACAUCAAGACUAGCAACAUUUUGCUCGACAAAGAUCUCAAUGCAAAAAUAUCUGAUUUUGGUCUAGCGAAACUUAAUGAAGAAGAUAAAACUCACAUUAGUACCCGUAUUGCAGGAACCAUAGGUUAUAUGGCUCCGGAGUAUGCAAUGCGUGGAUAUCUAACUAAUAAAGCAGAUGUCUACAGUUUUGGAGUGGUCACACUCGAAAUUGUCAGUGGUAAAAGCAACACAAACUACAGGCCGAAAGAAGAUUUUGUCUACCUUCUCGACUGGGCUUAUGUUUUGCAAGAGAGAGGUAAUCUACUGGAACUGAUUGAUCCAGAACUGGGAUCCACCUACUCGUCAGAAGAGGCUAUGGUGAUGCUAAACGUGGCCCUUCUAUGCACCAACGCCUCGCCAACUCUCCGGCCAACCAUGUCUCAAGUGGUGAGCAUGCUUGAAGGUCGAACCGCUGUUCAAGAUUUACUUUCUGAUCCAGGAUUUUCGACAACUGAUUCGAAAUUCAAGGCCAUAAGAAACCACUUCUGGCAGCAUCCGAGCCCAGGCCUGAGCCAAAGCCUAAGCAUGUCGACUAACGGUCCUUCGUCAGGUUCGAUGGUGUCAAUUAUAGAUAAGAAUGAGAUUGGCAUCAUUCAGAGAAAUGAACGGGAUGUAUCCGAUAAUUAAUGAAACAUUCUAGCAAAGCAAUUGUGUAUACUGCUUUCACUCUUUCAGUGUGUGUUUUUUUUGUACAUCAGUGUCAGGCAGAAUGAGUUCCUGUCACAAGUUAUUGAGUUUUCAUUUCCUUUAAUUAGCACUUUCUGUAUUAAGAACUAUUAUAGUAUAAAGGAGUUUUUAACCUAGACAAUAUUUAAUGGAAAUAUUUCUUUACCAAA